ACGAUGGAAGGUGUAUAUAAAAGCGCCAAAGGCAUCGAAGACGAUAUACAGUCUGCAAACAGUCCUUACUCACAAAACUAAGAAAUCAAACUAUAGGAAAGCUUCUGCUGAGGAAUUUAAUAAUAAUCUCUUAGCUGUGUUCACAAGACAAUCAUCCCAAAUAUGAAAGUUAUCUUAGUUGCUGUCUUUGUCUUUGCUGUGGUGUUGGCUUCCUCAAUGGCUCUUGAGGUCUCCAGCCAAUUCCAGAAGCACGACGGGUAUGGUGGGUAUGCCUAUGGUUACCAUGAACCAAACUCAAAGAAGCACGAACAUCGUACCCACGAUGGACACACUCAUGGAGAGUACUCCUACAUUGAUGGACAUGGUGAAAUUCAGCACGUGAAAUACGUUGCUGCACCCCACACUGGCUUCAAGGUGGUUGCGGCCACAAACCUGCCCAAGGGUCCUGAAGCUGGUGCAGUUCCUAUUGCUGCUGCUGCUGCCCCUCCCUUCAUAUACCAUGGGCCUCAUGCCCACAUUGUGAUUGGCAAGGAUGGUGUUCCAAUUGAUACUCCUGAGGUACAAAUUGCCAGGAAGAAGCAUCUGCAUGCUCUGGCGGAAGCCAAAGUUGCCACAGGUGGAGGAUAUGGAGGAGGAUUCGGUGGUGACUUCUACUAGGAUCAUUCCAUCGACAUCCUGAAUUCCCACCAGCGCCACCAAGAAGCCUCAAUUGCCAGUGAUUAUUUAAUUCCGCCUCUUCAGAAUAUCCGUUAUCUCUCAACCGAAAUAAUUUGAUAAAUCUGUGAAUUUCCGAGGAUACCACAAAUUCUUCAGAUACUAUAGACCAAUUAGAUCAAAAUUUACCAGGCAAAAAUCCAUUCUUCACUAUUUUAGCACACAUCUGCUGACCUCGUGGCCCAUUGAUUUGGAUUAAAAAGUGAUAUACAGAAGUAUUAUUGAAUUGCAGUGUGAAGCAAAAUCCACUGUAGUUUGUGCUGUAAUUAUUAUUAUUCAAUAAAUCUGUGCGAAAAAAAA